GCCAGGCAAGCAAAACAUCGUUUAGUCGCUAAGAUGGAUUGCUCGGGAAAGACUGCAGUAGUUGCUGGAGGAUUUGGUGGCAUCGGUUAUGCCACCUGUAACUCCUUACUAAGCAAAGGUGUUAAGAACCUUGGUAUUUUCGAUUUGUUCGAAAAUGGUGAUUUACUACAAAAAUUGAAGAGCAAUUUUCCAAAGGCUAAUAUUAAAUUCUGGAAAGUCGAUGCAACAAAGAAAAGUGAAAUUGAAAAUGGUUUUAAAGGUGCCGUGGCUGAAUUCAAAUCAAUUGAUAUUUUCGUUACGUCCGUUGGUGUGGUCGAUGAAAUGAACCCUGAACGAUGUGUUCAAAUCAAUCUGCUGGGAACAAUGAACCUCAAUUACGUCGCUAUUGACUAUAUGAGCGUAGCAAAGGGUGGAAAAGGCGGUCUAGUGGCAAAUGUGGCAUCACUUUCCGGGAUUGUACCAUUUCCCUUAUGUGUAGCAUAUUGUGCAACCAAACAUGGAAUUGUCGGUCUGACUAGAUCCUUAGGAAGCGAUUUUUACCUGAAGACAACCGGAAUCAAAUUUGUAUCAAUUUGUCCCGGUUUCACAGAGACUCCUUUGCUUGGUAACUUUGCCGGUUCACCAGUAAACAGUGUAAAAACUGAUUCUGCAAAACUGGCUCAACAAACAGCUGAAACCUGCGGUAAACUGUUGGUUGAAGCUCUGGAAAAAGACAAGAACGGAUCGAUUUGGAUGAUUGACGCAGGAAAAAUGAAAGAAAUCAUUCCUCCAGAAUAUUAUAGCGGCCCAACCGGCACAUAGAUUACUUUACUAAGUGUAUUUUUUGUUAUCAGUUUUUGAAUAAAAAUCGUAUUGAAAAAAAACCCGUUUGGGGGUCGAA